AUGCAUUUUGUUGUCACAGCUACAAGUCGCGAGAAAAGACCUGAUGAAGUCCAUGGAAAGGACUACUACUUUGUCACAAAGGAGGAGUUCCUUUCUAUGGUAGAAAGGGAUGAACUCCUGGAGUAUGCUCUUGUCUAUGGGCAGUACAAGGGGAUACCCAAGCAGCAGGUUUUCGCUCUUCUCCCCCUUUUUAUUCUAUCAGAUUAAAUAAGAUGGCAGAAUAAUUAGCCUUUUUAUUAUGCAUCAUCUUGUAAAAAUUAAAUAGUCAGAGUUGAACUUUGUGAACAAAGAAAAAAGGGUAUACCUGAUUGAAGAUACUUAUGGGGUGUUAGAUCUAAAAAAACAUUAUUUUCUUGUUUGUUGAUCCUAAUGUAUUAGGGGUUCAGUGCCAAUUCAUGGUUUCAAUAAGUCUUUUGGGCUACGGAAUCAUAUAUCGAUAUCUAAUUUGGAGGGUUCUUAGGUCAUUAUACGUCAGUAGUAGUUUAGUUAUUUUUUAAUCUACCUGUACUGUGCAUCACAGUAAAACCCAAAUAGGACCUUAGUCCCCUGCUUCCUUUUUCUUCUUGUUUUUUUCCGCUCAAAUCCGACAAGUCUGUGAAACCAGGGUCAUUCUGAUCCGGUUCAGAUUGGGCACACUGCCGAUUCUGUUCCUCUCUGAAGAGUCUGGAUCAGGGGCAAUCUUUUUACGUUCAAUAUUAUUGACAUUAAUUAAUUAAUUUCUGGUUGAUUAAUGCUCAUCAAACCGUUUCUUUAUGCCGAAUUAAAUAAGCAUUAACUUUUGAUCAGCGUACAAGUGCAUGUAUCCUUAAGUGUGAUUUUAGUAUUGGACCAUGUUAGCAUGCUUUAUUCAGUCAUUUGUACCGAAAAAGUUGGGCAUGUUCGGCCAAAUCUUCUUUGAUUCAUAAUGAGUUGACCAUAUGUUUGAUGAUGUUAAGCAAAACCAAGACGAAGAUUUACUAGCUCCGACCAAUUUGGAGCAUAAUAUUUAUUGUAUUAUAUACAUAUCCUCUAGCUGAUCUUAUUAAUCACACUCCAGAAUCGGAUCAAGACAUGCCUGCCUGCAUUCUAUGCCCCGUACACUGAGUAGCUGAGAAUUAUGCAUUUUUUAUUUUUUUUUGUAAACUCGCUUCUACUGUGUAUCAAGAUAGCGUGAAUGCUUUCCAGAUUAGGGAGUUCAUGGCCAAGGGUUUUGAUAUCGUCCUGAGGGUGGACAUACAAGGCGCGGCCACUCUGAGGUCGAUUCUUGGUAACUCUGCGAUCUUCAUAUUCCUGGUUGCCGAGAACGAAGCAGCCCUGGUGAAGAGGCUCAUCAGCCGCAAGACAGAGACUGCGGAGAUGCUUCUGGUGAGAAUCGCCACGGCCCGGGAGGAGGUGAAACACAUGAAAGACUUUGAUUAUGUUGUUGUGAAUGCCGAGGGGAGGCUUGAGAAUGCGGUGGAGCUGGUGGGCUGUAUCAUUGACGCAGAGAGGGCCAGAGUGCAGCAGCGCAAGGUGCUCAUCUGA